AUGUUGAUCUGUGGUUACCCAGAAAAGCAGGAAGAAAAAGAAAUGGGGAAGUCAGAAACGAAAAUGGCGACUCUCGGGCGCUUCUCCAAGGUGCUGCUGCGGUCUUCUUUGAACCAAACUCGGCGUCAGCUCGCUGCUGCUGCUGCUGAGGGAGGGGAGCAUUCAGCCAAAACAUGGAAGAUCCUGACUUUCAUCGUUGCUCUGCCUGGUGUCGCCGUGUGCAUGUUAAACACCUUCUUAAAGGAGCAACACCAUGAACAUACACAACCAGAAUUUGUUCCAUAUUCCCAUCUUCGCAUUCGUUCAAAGCGUUUUCCCUGGGGAGAUGGCAACAAAAGCCUUUUCCACAACCCACAUGUGAACGCUCUUCCUGAUGGUUACGAAGGACAUGACGAGUAAACCUUCAUAAAGUCACUCAAGUCCUUUGUCGGCAACUGUUAGAGGACCAUACUCCUAUUUACAGUUUACUCUUUGUCAUGCUUUUGUUGCUUUUACCUCUGUGCUUUCAGCACGGAGCACCAAAAAAACAAAAUAAUAAUUCCACUUUUGUGGACCAUUAAAAACAAAAUGUCAGCUACAAUUGAACUAGCAUAAAUAAAAUAUUGUUAUCUUAGUUGUGUGUUUUGUUUUCUAUUUAUUACACUUCAGGUUUUAGAUGUUAGAUGAGGAAGGAAAAUGAUGUCAAAGAACCUGGACAUUGGUGUUAAAUUAACAAGUUUUCUGCUGCACUUUUGUCUAUAGGGUGAUGCGGAAUCAUGCUGGUUAAAAAAAGUAAAAUUAGAAAAAAAACGUUAUUUUUAAUCUUGUCCUUGUAGAGAUGUUGGAUGGAUAACAUGUGGUCACACUCUUACUUUGCUUAGAUGUGGAGGUUGCACUUCUUACAAGGAGCCAGGGAUGCUUAUACAUCACUUUGCACAGUCUAAAGUCCCAGAAUGACCAAUAAAUGUCACUUUGGUAAAAUAAAAGUACUGGUACCAGCUGUGGCCCCAAACCCAACCAGCUUUUUCCUUUCCCAGUAAAAGCCAUAGAAUAACUAACCUCCACUUGAAUUUGUAGCAGGGGAAAAACUUUCCACUUAGCUAGAAGUGUCAUGGAGCCUAAUAUAAUUCAUUUAAUUUACUGUGAUAAAUUGAUUAGAACUAGGUCCACCCAGGGCAGAUUAGGAACGAGCAGUGGGUUAUAUUGCUGUUUUCUGGAUUAGUUUAGAAUGGGUACAGUACAGUUAAGAGCAUUACAAUGCCAAAUAUGUAUUACAAUUAUGGUGAAAUGUGAAUAAUGGCACAAUAAAUGAUUUAUCCAGGACAUGUUGACAAAAUCUUAUACUAUAACACCACCAAUAUUUAUUUGUUUAAAGCACAAAAAGGCACAUGAAAAAACUCAAUUGACUUUGGUCUUGCAGCCACAUAGGCCUCAGGUUAUCAAUUCUGUAACAUUCUAAGCACACAUUAACACGUUCUAAAAUGAAGGAAACUGAGGCUGGAAGCUCACUUCUAAAAUCAAUAUGUGCCACAAUUGUCACUUUAGAUAUUUUUUUAUUUCACUGCUUAUUUUGAUAAGUCAGAGAAUAAAUACAGAAGUUACAUUGAUAUAUUACAAUUCAAGUAAUUAAUGGGUUUUUCUAAACGGUGAUUUCUCUGAACAGCAUUAAGCAGCAGGGGAUCAAUGUAAAAGCAGAAUGAUCAAAGGUGACACGGCAUAUGAAGGUAGAAACAGGCUUAAACCUUAAUCCGUAUGGUAAUGGUUUAUUUGUUUUCAGAUACACGACUAUGAUGCUACCACGGGACACGUCACUCCCUCUUUGUUCCAGACUCCACCCCUUUCACGUGAACGCGCCUUAAACCGAAUUAGAAAAUCCUGGGUUAACAAAGCCUGUCGCUUUAUUGCCUGAUGUCGCUGCUUAUCUGUGCCCCGUUCCCGCCUCUCAGAGGACUUUUCGGUGCGACAUGCCAGUGGGAGCUCACACUCCGGCGUCAUCAACUACACUAGGACGUGAGUUACGAUUCGAUUUCUGAAUCUAGCAUUCUAACAUCUCGGAUAACUGCGCGCGGCCGCUCAGCCGCGUAAGGGGAGAGCAAUCGAACACCGAGAGCGAGAUCAUGAUGAUGAUGAACUCGGACAGAGACUUCCAGAUGAUUAAAAAACAGGAGAGGGCGCACUUCUUCAGCUCCAAAGAACAGGAACUUAUUCUGAAGUUGUAUGAAGAAGAGCGAGAGAUCCUCACAGCUAAAUCCAACACCACCAGCGCCUCCAAACUCAGGGAGGAAGCCUGGCAGAGAAUCGCUGAUAAAAUAAAUGCAGCUUCAGAUAGUGGAUAUGAAAGGACAUGGCAACAAGUCAAAGUCAAACACAAGAACAUUGUCCAGACAGCAAAAAGAAAGAUCGCAGAGGUGAUGAGGGCUGAGGGGGUUUCGGUCACACCCUCUCUGACCUCUGCUGAGGAGGACGUGCUGCAUCACAGGGACAGUGCAUUCAGAGUAGAAGUCCUGCCUGGGGGGGCCUGCAUCUGCCCCAUGAGUGGAUCUGACAGCUCUUUCAUGAGUGUGUCUGGCCAUCCGGUCCUCCUCCUGCCUGUAGCCAAGACUGAACCAGAGAGCUUGAGUGGGGAUGACACGGACAUCAGUGAGACUCAUCUUAAUGGGGAAGUGCACCACAGCAGCUUCCAGGAGGAAGGGAACUCUGAAGGAGCUACAAGUGGGGGCAGCAGCCAUGAGAUGACAUGUAAGCAGACAGAAGACCUAAAGACUCUUUACUGCUCCUAUCUCAAAAAGGAAAUGGAUAACCGGGACCAGGAAAUGGCAUACAGAGCACUUAAAAUGAGGAAGCUGGAAAAAGAAAUUCAGUUACUUGACAAACAGCUCAUGUGACAGUGAAACCGCUUUUUUAAAGUCCAUCCACAAUAAUAAAGAAUACAUUUUAACAUCAGGCCAGACAGCAACAAAAUCACCUAUCAUCUUUUGGACCUCUUGUAAAAGAGUUCCCAGUAGUCUUUUAAUUAUGAUUGUGCCAUUUUAGCCAAAAUCAAUAAGACUGCAUAGUUUUCUUGGACAUCAUUUCUGCAGAGCAGCAGGAGUUCAAAAGAAAUUUGCCUCUAAGUUGUGGGUGGGACUGAUGGUUAAGGGGCAAACCUUCCCCCACUUCCUAUCACUCGUCUGUUUGCGUGUUCUCAUGCUAGCUCACAGCCUCUCACAACCCCAACGUGACAUUACCAGUGCAACAAAUACAGCAUUUUUGUCUCCCCCUGAUUUCCGAUUUGAUAAAAAAAAUAAUUAAAAAAACUCAGAAAUGAAAUGUUAAGCUUAACUUUCUUUACAUAAGUCCUCCAUCAUAUAAAAAAAGAUGUUAAACACACCAAAAACAAGAUUUUCCCCAGGAUGGGUCUUGAAUGCUGCACAGUGUUGUGCAGCCUCAUGUGAUGCGGUCAGGUUGUUCCCAUGGAGACACAUUUUCAUAUGCCUUUCAUCCUGGUCCAGAAAAGUAUUUGAUGACUUUUAAGAGAAACAAAAAAUGAAAAGAUAGGACACAUUCUGAAAUGUUAAAAUAAUGUACUUUUCUUCCAACUGUGCCAAGCAGGGAGCACUAACAGAAAACCUCAGGAAUGGAUGGAUAAUGGAAGCUGCAGUUUGGAUGCAUUUCAACACAAAAAUAUCCAUGAGCAAUGAACAUACAUGUAGACAUGCAGCAUGCCUGCAUUCACUCACUGAACUUUAUUGACUUUUUAGUGUGGAUUUUAAAUUAGUUUUUGUUGCUUAGUAAAACCACUGGCUUGUUAAUUUGUGCAGAGAAGACUAGAAACAUUGUGGAGACCUUAUUUCCUGUUGCUUAACUUUAACGAAAGGGGUAGGAAGGAACACAGGUGUUAAAUGGUCCCAAAAGAAUUGGAAAUAUAUUUUCUAACUAGAAGCACUUGUUUUUUGUUUUGUUUUUUAAACUGUAUUUAUUUCACAUUGUAUUUAGGUAUUAAUGCUUGUAAUUUAUUUGAAUGAAGUUGUAAAUAUAUCAGUUCAACCAAAA